AUUUAUUUGAAAAUUGCCUUUAAAUUUAAUACAACAAUAUUGUUGUUAAAUGUUGAGGUUAUGUAAAACUAUCUGCCAAAUAGCUUUGACAUAGAACACGACAAGAGUGAUUUACAACUGAUAAUUUGUCGUUAUUUCAAAUCAUUUAAAAUGAGUGCUUCAUCCGCAGAUUUGAAUGUCGAGAAACCUGAUGCCCCGCCGAAUCCAGAAAUAGCUACAGAAUCAACAGCCGCUGACGCCGGCCCUUCCACCUCGACAGCAACUGUUCCAACCCCCACUCACAAAUAUAAUACAAGAUCAAAGAAUAAGAAAAUUGAGGGGGUUAAGAAACCGCCCACCAUGCCGGUGACUAAUGGACGCAAAACUAAGCAGCCUUUAUUUGAUAAGCGUGGGGUUCAUAUCAAAUCUGGAACGGAUUUGUGCGAUUGCCUGAUUCCAGAUUGUGUGGGCUGCUUCUUCGAUUGUCCUAAAUGCGGAUCUCCAAAGUGUGGUACCACUUGCAGGGUUAACCGUAAAUUUAUCGUUACAAGUGUUGAGGUUGAGGGUAACAACUACAAGUACGAAAUCGAAAAUACACUCCAAAAAUAAAUGGUGAUUUAGAAUUUUGUAUUUUAUUAGUUUGUAAUAAAUAAUGUUUCAAAAGUAA